GGUGGCGGGCGGAUUUCAAAUUCAAACAGGGGACCCAUUGCCCAAAAAACGCAUAAUAUUCCAUGGACACGGACAGAGUGCAGAGAGAAAGCCUUCUUCUUUUCUACAGAGGGGCCUUUGUUUCACUAAAGCAUGGAAUUUGGUACAGGUCGAGACUUGGUUACCAUUUGAGGGAGUAAGGCACCAGUUCUCAGUUUAGCUUGUGUGGUUAGUUCCAUGCGGACACCGUCCAGUAAGUCACCUGUCCAUCCUGAGACUUGAGACGAGUAAUCCAAGGCUGAUCCUUUCAGGAAGUUAGAGAAGUCGGAUACGAUAGGACACGGCUUUAAGGCGUAUUAAGGAUCAAGGCCGAUAAUACUAAAUAUGGAUAAGACCAUUAUUGACCUCAUGGCUUUUGCAUUGGGAGAAUCUGAUCUGGAACAAGAUCUUCAAAUGGAUGUUGAAGAUUCCAACUUUGAGGAAGGUGCAAGAUUUGCCUUGAGCGAUGAGAAUCCAAACCUUGGACUGAUGACAUCCGAAAUUGCCCACCCACCAAUACCACCAUCCCCUUCCUUCUCGUCCUCCUUGGGCGACUUUAGCUUUUUAGCUCUGGAUUCAAGUAUAUUCAGCCUGGAUUCAAAAGAGAUUUCAAAAUGUCUCAGCGCCACACCAACCGCGAAUGGUACUGCAUUAAAUGAAACCACAACGCUGAAUGUGUCGCAAUUCGCACUUUCUGAAACAAAUGUGUUUGUUGAGGAAGGAUCAUUACGGGCUAGCUUACCCUCCACUGCUAUUCCACUCUCUGCUGACGACAGUUCAACAAUAGGCCAACAAGAUUUCUCUGCCCAGUCGACACCCCAGCUCCCACCCGCAAAUAAUCUGAAAAAGAGGGGAAGAAAGCCUAAACCCAAGGACGGAACAAUUGGAAACAAGCCUCUAAAGACUCGGAAGAAGUACAUGCUGCCCCCAACGGAUCCCAAUUAUCACGCCAAGGAUGUAAAAAAUGCACGUCAGGCCAAGUUCAACCGGGAUCAGAAGAAACAACUGUACGUGAAUACUGCCAAUGAAAAUGCCAAUCUGAAAGAGACCAUUGCAGCAAAGGAUGAACUUAUAAUCCAAUUACAAGAACAUCUCGUUCAGGAACGUGGACUUCGACGUGCAAUGCAAGAUAAUCUUUCCACGAUCAAGGCAGCUUUCGCUCAAAAUUACGAUCAACUGAAGAGCUUCAAAAUAUUGUUGGACAGCUCGAGCAAUGGUGAGAAUAAAAGUGACCAGAAGGAUGUCGUUUCAUAAUCCAUAGCACAACUCUAAUGUUCUUAUUCCAUUUCUUAUUUUAUAAGUUAGGACAUACUUUUUGAUGAUAUAUUAGUCGCAUCACUUGUGCAAUGUGUCUGCCUUUAACGACUUUGUAGUUACACUUUAUUUUAUUUUCUGAAAUGUGAGGGUGUUAUUGCAGUAAUAAUGAUGAUUAGAAACUGACUGCCAUAAGUAAAGUACCUUAAAUAUUUAAGUAUUGGAUAAACGAGAGGAAGGAAAGUAUGUGAUGCUGAUUGAUGAAAAUGACAAUUUAAAUGACAAUAAUAAUGAUACUAUUUAAAUGUGUAUAGACAAUUUAUUUGGUUGAUGAAUAAAACAAAAAAAGUUGGAAACUUAUUAAA